CCAUGACAUAUGAUGUCCCACAACAUAGAUCUCACAAACAUGAGAACAUGACAGAGUAAAAGGUUUCUUUCCAGAGACAGCAACAAUGAAAAAAAGAAAAUUUAGAAUAGUUUUAUUAUUGUUGUCAUCAUGAUGAUAGUUGUAUUCUAUCCUUUUCUUUCUUUCUCUUUCUCUUCUUUUCGUGCCGCCCCACACUCUCUCUUUUGUCAAUGCCAUAACACAUUCAUCUCCUUUUUCUUCUUAAACCAAACCAACAAGAAUUCCCAAAUACCCUAAUUGAUUAUAGCUGGGAUUGGAUUUAUCAUUGUGGUUCUGUUGUGAUUCAUUCAUUGGUGUGAGGUUUGAACUAAAGGGGAGUUAUCAAAAGAGAGGGAGAUGGGAUCAGCGAUUGAAAUUGGAAUCAAAAUUAGGAAACUUGUUUUCAUUUCAGUCAGAGGGGUUUAUAGAUCAGCUUGCCAUCAUCCAUUUCUUUUGGGAUUCUUAGGUUUCUUGCUUUUUUUGUACAGAUAUUUUCCUUUUCUGUUUUCUCUUUUGGUUUCUGCAUCUCCUGUUUUGGUUUGUACUGCUCUUCUGCUUGGAACCCUUCUCAGUUUCGGGCAGCCAAAUGUACCCGAGUUUGAAGAAAAGGAAGAGAGAGUUAUUCAUGGUGUUUCGUCUUACCAAACCGGGUUUUCGGAGGGUGAAACUGUUGUUUCUGAUAGAGAUGAGAGCUAUUUUGUGAGAGGAUAUUCGCAACGUAGGAGUGAUGUCGAAGAGAGUGGCAUUGAUGAAGGAAGUGCGGCGGGUGAGAAAGAUGAUAGGACUGAGAAGGAUCGUGGUUUGCUUUUUGAGUCCGUGCUGGAUCACGAAAACUUGAUAGAUGUUCAACCCGAGAAUCAAGUAAAAGAGGAUGUGGAAAGGGGAUUCCGUAGUUUUGAGUUGGGAAAGAGCAAUGAAGUUCGUGAUGGGAACCUCACGUCUGAAGUUGUUUCGAGUGAUGAUGAAGCUAUUGAGAAACAGUAUGUGAUGGUUCAAAAAGAAGAUGAUGAUGUUUUUGAAUUUGAGAAUGGGAAAGUUCUGCGAGGUGAAUUUGUUUCUUUUAAGGAAGGUGAUGCAGAUUGUUCACCCAGUUCAUCUUGGAAACAGGUGGAGAAGAACUCUGAUGAGGACGACGACUCUGAGGAUUCAGGGUCUGAUGGGGCAGAGAGUUCUUCGCCAGAUGCUUCCAUGGCUGACAUCAUUCCGAUGCUUGAUGAGCUCCACCCACUUUUAGACAUAGAUGCCCCACAGCCUGCUCAUUUGUCCCGACAUGGUUCUGAUGCUGCAUCUCAGAAAUCUCAGAAAAGUAGUGAUGAUGAUGAUGAUCAGAGUGUUGAAUCGGAUGAUGAUCAGAGUGUUGAAUCAGAUGAAGAUGUUGAAAAACGUGGUGAAGCGGCAGAAGAUGGUGUUGACGAAGAGGAAGAAGAAACGGAGGGUGGCAAAGAGGAUGAAAGUAAAUCUGCUAUCAAGUGGACAGAGGACGAUCAAAAGAAUCUUAUGGAUCUGGGAACUUUGGAGCUUGAAAGGAACCGACGAUUGGAGAAUCUUAUUGCCAGGAGAAUGGCAAGGAGAUUGAUGACUGAAAAGAAUCUAAUAGACUUAGAUAGUGCCGAUAUUCCCUAUAAUGUUGCGCCUAUUUCUGUUAGACGCAACCCUUUUGAUUUCCCCGAUGAAUCCUAUGCUGCUGGCAUGGGACUACCACCCAUUCCUGGAUCCGCUCCAUCAAUUCUACAGCCUAGACGAAACCCUUUCGAUAUUCCAUAUGACCCAAAUGAAGAAAAACCUGAUCUUAAACGGGACAGUUUUCAACAGGAGUUCACACAUUUUAAUCAAAAAGAUGCAGUAUUUCGGAGGCAUGAAAGUUUCAACGUAGGACCAUCAGUAUUUGGGAUGUCCAAGCAAGAGAGACAUGAUAUUAGUUGGAAGCCUGUCUUUAUAUCUGAAAGGAUGGCUUCGGAAGGUCCAAGCUAUUUCCAGAGGCAAUCUAGUGAAGUAAGUGAUUCAAAGGCGAGUUCUGUUCCGGAUACUGAAUCAGUGAGUUCAGGUGAUCAGGAUGAAAGGAAAUUCAGUGAACCAGACUUGUCUCCAGAGGCUGAAUUAACGUCUAACAUGGAUCACGUUUUUAAUGAGGCUGGUCAUGGAAGCGCAUCCUCUGAAGAAAAUGAAUCCGUGGAGAUGAUACAAGCUGAAGAGAGCAAUGUUUUCCAUGAAGAAAAUGAAAUAGUGCUCGGUGGGGUGGAAGAUCCCUCUGAGAUAGAAUUUCUUCCUGCAACAGGAGAGAGUGAAAUCGAUGAGCAAUUCAAUGAUGGGGAGACACGUUUGAGAAGAGAACCGAGUGUUGAGGUGAGCAGCAGCAGAUCAAGCCAGUCUUCCCGAUCAGAAGUGAUUGAUGACAUACCUGAUGAUGAAUCAGAAAAAACUGCAAAUUUGCAGCAUGAAGAUGGUCACAUCCCAGAAUCAAGAAUUUCAACCCAAAUUUCAGUAGAGGAAUCGAGAAUUUCAAGCCAAUCUUCAAUGGAGGAAUCGAGAAUUUCAACCCUAUCUUCAGUGGAGGAAUCGAGAAUUUCAACCCAAACUUCAGUGGAGGAAUCAAACUUCCAGCAUAUAAGUCGUGAGGUGGAAGACACCCAACUGGUAGAGCCAGUUUAUGAUUCUAGUCCACCUGCAGCAGAAAAGCUCAUAUCUUUUUCUUCGGUGUCUUCUGAUUCAGCAGCAGAGAUUUCUGAGACAGUAUUGCCUCCUGUUUCAGUCGAUACUACUGCUGAUGUGGCUGAUAACGAAUCGGAGGCACAUGACAGACUGGAUCAUAAUUCUUCUGAUCAUGAUAAAACUCAAGCAGCCUCUUCUGAACUGCAUGCAGAAGUCAAAAAUGAAAUGAGGUCCGAUAAAUCUCAAGAUAUAGAUCAGCACAAUGUUGCUGCAGAGGAGUCAUCUGCAGUUAUACCAAACUUUGUUGAUCAAAAUGAUUCUACAGUGGCUGAGUUUGUGGAUUCAAAAUUUUCUUCAGAUGUUGGAUCAGAAAAGGGUGUAACUGAUUCAGGCAUGGUUCGUGAACAGGAUAUAGAAAACGUAUUUGCUGAUUCUGAAAUUCUGCGUCAAGACAGUGUAGAAUCUCUAGAUUCAAACUAUCAACUGGCUUCUUCUGAAAAGUUACAUCCUAUAGAUAAUGAGUCUGUGGAGGAAGAUGCACUGCCGAAUGAAAUAUCAAGACAAGAUAAUGAAGUUAUGUCUGUUCCAGUCCAAGACGGCAAUGAAGUUUUGGAUUUGGUGGCUUCUGAUGCCCACCAUAUACCUUCUAAUAAUUCAUUUAUGCAUGAGGCAGGGGAUUCACAGUUCUCACCAGUAGAAACGGAGCAUUUAGAGGAAAAUUUGUCAAAUGAGGAACACAGAUUUCCAAUUGAACAAGAUAAUGUCUUUUUGUCAAGUUCUGUGGAGCAAGGUAACACAGAUAUCCACCAAGAUUUGGAUUACAAUAUGGUUUCUUCCACUUCUGAUAGCCAACAUGAAGUUGAUGUCAAGUCUCCAUCCAACUUGGAGUAUCAUCUGUCAAGCUCUGAUAAAUUGGUGGGUGCACAAUCUUCCAAUGAUCAUGAUGAAAGUCAAAGUUCCGAAGAUAUUAAGGUAGAACCUUCACAAGAUGCAGGCACUUCCAAUUAUGGAGUUGGAGAAUCGCAUGACGACUUAGAUGCAACUUCGGUUUUUGUCUCUACUGCAACUUCUGUUAAUUCUGACACACCUGAAUUCCCCUUAGAUGCAACUUCGGUUUUUGUCUCUACUGCAACUUCUGUUAAUUCUGACACACCUGAAUUCCGUUCACCCACUAGUGAAGCGCAGUUGGAAGUUCAUAACCAACGUAGGGAAAUUGCGAAUGACGACCAAAAUGAAGCUCGACAGAACUUAGUUCCUUCAGCAGAGGGCUUCAUGUCUCCGAACAAUGAAGAAAAUAUCAAUGAAUUUGACUAUAUGAAUGAGAUUAAUGAGGAAUUCUUGUCAGAAUUGGACACCGUUGGGGAUUUUAGUGUCGGUGAUGUUGGUGCAUUGCAUCAUAAUGACAUUGUACAUGAUGAAACUAGAGAUGCUCAACUUAGUUCAUUGCCGGAGGAUGUAAAGACAGCAGAGGUUGAGCAGGACAAUGACAUACCAGUUCUUGAAGCAAGAUCCCUUGAAGAUAUUGACAUAGCUUUUAAGCAACUUCAAGAAGGAGUUGAUGUUAGCGAUGUCAUCCUGCCAAGUACGAUAAAAGAUCAGCUUGGUAGUGAAGAAUGUAAAGAUCAAGUUGAAGUAAAUUCAGACCUUCAAGUUAUUGAAGCCAGAUCCCUGGAAGAUAUCGAUGUUGCUAUAAAGGAAAUCCCCAAAGAUAAUCAUGGGGAGCUUCCAGAAAAAUUGGAUGCAAAAGAUGCUUCGAUCAAAAUAGAAGCAAAUGAAGUUGGCUCGGCAAAGUUGAAUGAGCAGAAAACUGAUGCAUCAACAAAUGCUGAAGAAAUGAGCAGAACUACCGUUGAUAAAUCGGAAAAUGUAUCCAGUAGCCACUCUAGUAAUUGAGAAAAAGCUCACAGUAAGAAAUCUAGUUCCAGUUUGAGCUCUAGCGAUUCUGAUUGAUAUCGAGAGAGUUUAUUUUGAGGGAGAUGGAAGAGUAGUGAGUUUGUUAUUUAUGUUUUUUUCUUUGGUGGUGGGAAUUUGAGUUUGUAGCCUCGGCAGCGACAUGUCUUGGCUAAUGGUAGUUGGGUCAGAUUUCUAUAAUUGUGAUGGAUUGGUUUCUUCAAGAAUGAGUUUUGGUUUUAAUUCUUGAAGUCUGUAGUUUUUUGGUUCAGUUUUACCCUUGAGUGUGAGCUAUUUGGUAUAUGUAUAGGGUGAGAGCUUAUUUCCAACAGUGUUGCCCCUUGUGUAGUCCAAAAGAAAUUGGAUUUUUGUACAUUAUAAUUUGAUUGUAGAAAUGGUGAUUGAAUAUGUUUGUGUA